AUGACAAAGCUGAACCUGGAGCCAAGCCUGAAAGAUGGAUUUAAUUGGCAAUCAAACAUUUGGAGAGUGAAGGCCCCUGAAAAAGCGAAUUUUUUUCUGUGGCGUGCCGCUAUCAAAGCCCUCCCAGUGGGAUCGGCUCUUUCAGCUAGAGGACUAGUGGACCUCACGGCUUGUAAACGAUGUGGAGAGGAAGAAUCUGCUCUUCAUAUUUUGUUCACUUGUCCUUUUGCUAUCCAGGUUUGGGACCUGGCACCGGUUUUAUUCAAACCUAGUGUUUUGCAGACAACUUCAGUUAAGUUGUUACUCCAGGAGUCCCGACGUAUGGUCAAUCUCCCUCCAACGGGCCUCUCCUGUUACCCGCUUUACCCUUGUUUGCUUUGGCAACUUUGGAAGUCACGAAAUCGGAUCCUGUUUGAGGAUAAGAGAUUCUCGGCACAAGAAAUUUGCUCCAAAGCAAUUUCAGUGGCCAGAGAAUGGCGAACAGCUCAAAUCAGCACAACUACUGUGCUCAAACCCCUUCUGUUUACAGAGGAGAUCCAUCCUCCCUCUGAGGGAGUCAUUUGCCGAUCAGAUGCAGCUUGGGAUGUUAUAUCCGAGAGGUGUGGUCUAGGUUGGGUAUUUGAGGAUGCAACUACCUUAUUGCCUUUAAGUAAAUGUUCUUUUUCUCGACAGUAUGUCCCGUCAGCUCUGGCGGCAGAAGCUCUAGCCAUGGAGGCAGCCAUGAAAACAGCAGUCAGAGCAGGAUGGCAAAAGGUGAUGUUUUAUUCUGAUUCCCAGCAGUUAGUCAAGCUUCUAGUCACUGAAGGGUCUUCGACAGAACUCAGUGGAAUUCUCUCAAAUAUCAGUCUUUAUUGUGGCAAGAUCAGUUCUGUUGUUUUUGGUUAUAUUCCUUGUUCUAAAAAUGAGGCUGCAAAUGUUUUAGCUAAGCGGGCUUUAGUGGCUCUUUAUAACUCCUCUGUUCGUAGAGGUUAA